AUGGCGAACCCACGUGUCGAAGAGCUCCCAGAUGAUGAGCCACCAAAGAAUGUCACCGCAGAGGAUGAGGGAUCCGAGAGCUCUGAUUCUGAGGUCGAGACCGGCGAGAGCGGAAUUCCUGCAGGAGGAGCUGUCGUCCACUCUCGCAAUGAGAAGAAGGCACGCAAGUCAAUUGCCAAGCUUGGCCUUACCCGUGUCCCUGGUAUCACCAGAGUCACUCUAAGACGACCAAAGAAUAUCCUUUUCGUCAUCAACCAGCCAGAGGUCUACAAGUCUCCCACAAGCAACACAUACAUUGUGUUCGGAGAGGCCAAGAUUGAGGAUCUUAACUCCCAGGCUCAAGCUUCCGCCGCCCAACAGCUCGCCGCUGCCGAAUCCCACGACCAUGCCGGACACGACCACGCUGGCCAUGACCACGACCAUGACCACGGCAAAGGCAAGGGCCCUGAGACUGGCGAGGACAAGAAGGAGGAAGAAGAGGAUGACGGAGAGGAGGUCGAUGCCAGCGGUCUGGAGGAUAAGGAUAUCGAGCUGGUCAUGACUCAAGCAAGCGUCUCGCGGAACAAGGCUGUCAAGGCUUUGAAGGAGAACGAUAAUGAUAUAGUCAACUCUAUCAUGGCUUUAAGCAUAUAG